AAGCGGAAGCGGUGAGUCUCCAUGGCGGCGGCGGCUGCGGGGCCGGUGUUCUGGAGGCGCCUGCUAGGCCUCCUACCCGGCCGGCCCGGGCUGGCCGCGCUCCUCGGGCGCCUGUCCGACCGCUUCGGCAGGAACCGGGACCGCCGGCGCAGGAGGUCACCAUGGCUGUUGUUGGCUCCUUUGCUGUCCCCAGCUGUCCCCCAAGUCACCUCCCCUCCUUGCUGCCUGUGUCCGGAGGGUGUGCACAGGUUCCAGUGGAUCAGAAACCUGGUUCCAGAGUUUGGCGUCUCCAGUUCUCAUGUCAGGGUGCUGUCUUCCCCCACAGAGUUUUUUGAGCUCAUGAAGGGGCAGAUAAAAGUAGCCAAGAGUCGGGUCGUGAUGGCGUCCCUCUACCUGGGGACAGGUCCUUUGGAACAGGAACUGGUGGAUUGUCUGGAAAGCACUCUAGAAAACUCACUCCAAGCGAAGUUUCCUUCAGACCUCAAGGUGUCCAUUCUCUUGGACUUCACCCGGGGCUCACGAGGUAGGAAGAACUCUCGCACCAUGCUGCUCCCGCUGUUGCAGAAGUUUCCGGAACAGGUCCGAGUCUCCCUCUUCCACACCCCGAACCUCCGCGGGUUUCUGCGGCUUCUGAUCCCGGAGCGCUUCAACGAGACCAUCGGCCUCCAGCACAUGAAAGCGUAUCUCUUUGACAACAACGUCAUCUUGAGCGGGGCCAACCUGAGUGACUCCUACUUCACCAACCGUCAGGACCGCUACGUGUUCUUGCAGGACUGUCCCGAGAUUGCGGACUUCUUCACGGAGCUGGUGGAUGCUGUGGGGGACGUUUCUCUGCAGUUGCAGGGGGACGACACAGUGCAGGUGGUGGAGGGGAUGGUGCACCCCUACAAAGGUGACCGGGCUGCGUACUGCAAGGCCGCCAACGAGAGGGUCAUGGGUGUCAUCAACUCAGCCAGGACCCGCCAGCAGAUGCUGCACGCCCAGACCUUCCACAGUGACGCCCUUUUGACCCAGGAAGACGCAGCGGCUGCUGGGGACCGGAGGCCCGCCCCGGACACCUGGAUUUACCCGCUCGUCCAGAUGAAGCCCUUUGAGAUUCAGAUUGAUGAGAUUGUCACUGAGACCCUGCUGACAGAGGCUGAGCGAGGUGCCAAGGUUUACCUCACCACUGGCUACUUCAACCUGACGCAGGCCUACAUGGACCUGGUCUUGGGCACGCGGGCUGAGUACCAGAUCCUGCUGGCCUCGCCGGAAGUGAAUGGUUUCUUUGGGGCCAAAGGGGUGGCAGGCGCCAUCCCGGCCGCCUACGUGCAUAUUGAGCGACAGUUCUACAGUGAGGUGUGCAGCCUGGGGCAGCAGGAGCGAGUCCGGCUGCAGGAGUACGGGCGCAGGGGCUGGACCUUUCAUGCCAAAGGCCUGUGGCUGUACCUGGCUGGGAGCAGCCUGCCCUGUCUCACGUUGAUUGGCUCUCCUAAUUUUGGGUACAGGUCAGUCCAUCGGGACCUGGAGGCCCAGAUCGCCAUCGUGACGGAAAACCAGGCCUUACAGCAGCAGCUCCACCAGGAGCAGGAGCAGCUCUACCUGAGGUCAGGUGUGGUGUCCUCCGCCACAUUCGAGCAGCCGAGUCGGCAGGUGAAGCUGUGGGUGAAGCUGGUGACGCCGCUGAUUAAGAACUUCUUCUGAGGAUGACAGGGAUGGCCUUGAUGAAGAUGACGGGCACAGCCGGCGUCAGCUCCUUCAGCCGCGCUUCAGUGAUGACCCCGGUCUGGGUGUCCCAGCGAGCGCCUGCAGGGCAAUGCUGGCCGUGAGUGAGGGGACGGGCCUGGCCUCGCACCCCACGCCUGCAGGGAUAGGCUGGUGCCCCCAACACCCCCGACUUGGCUCUGCUCCCAAAGAGCUCAAGCCAGGUGCCAGGGGCUGGCUGGGCACAGGAAUUGCUGAAGACGGAGCUGUAAACGGAGAGGUCAUCAGUAAUCACGUGG